GCCGCGCCCCGGCCAUGGACGGCAAGCCGCUGCUGCAGGACCGGCCGCCGGCGUACAGCCCCUGCGGGCCGGCGGGCGGCUACGGGCCCCACACCUACGGGGCCAUCCCGCCGCCGCCGCCGCUGCCGCCGCCCUACCCGUUCCCCCCGGGGCCCGGGGCAGGAUAUGCCGCUCCUUCUGGUCCAUUGCCACAUAACUACCCCAACACUACGUGUACGAUAAUCCAGCAGCCCCCUCCCAUCACGUCCGUCGUAGUUGUUGGCGGCUGCCCCGCUUGCAGAGUUGGUGUGUUGGAAGACACCUUCACUUGCCUCGGCGUCCUCUGCGCCAUUGUAUUCUUCCCCAUCGGAAUCCUCUUCUGUCUCGCCUUGAGACAACGAACGUGUCCGAACUGCGGGGCCACGUUUGGUUAAGGGAUCAACCCCUGGAGGCUUUGAGGAGCCGAACCGUUUUUCUAAUGUAAAUGUCGUGUACAAUCACGUUUAUGCAUCGGAGCUGAUUUUGUAAAAAUCAAAAUGCGAGUCUGUCUCUCUUUCGCAUGUGAAACUGAUACCCGAGCAAAUCUGUUACACAAUGCAAACCUCGUUUUGGUUUUGUGUUUUAAAUGCACCUUUUUGGGGAAAUUUAAAUAAAAGUGCUUUUUGCAACUUUGCAA